GUGCGCGGCCCCGGCCUUAAAGAGCGCGCUUGCAAGCGCGGUGCGGAGCGGCAGAGGUGGACCCGCGGCGUUUGGACUUUUUCAGCAGCUCAAUGGCCUCCCCGAAGAAGAAACUUCAAGGUCUUGUUGCUGCGACCAUCACGCCAAUGACUGAGCAUGGAGAAAUCAACUUCUCAGUCAUUGGUCGGUAUGUGGAUUAUCUUGUAGAAGAACAGGGAGUGAGGAAUAUCUUUGUGAAUGGCACGACAGGAGAAGGCCUGUCCCUGAGCAUCUCAGAGCGCUGCCGGGUCGCGGAGGAGUGGGUGACAGAAGGGAGGAACAAGUUGGAUCAGAUAGUAAUUCAUGUGGGAGCCCUGAGUUUGAAGGAGUCACAAGAACUGGCCCAACAUGCAGCAAAAAUAGGAGCUGAUGGCAUCGCUGUCAUUGCACCUUUCUUUCUCAAGCCAUGGAACAAAGAUGUCCUGAUUAACUUCUUAAAGGAGGUGGCCACUGCUGCCCCUGCGCUGCCGUUUUACUACUAUCACAUUCCUGCCUUGACGGGGGUAAAGAUUCGUGCUGAGGAGUUGUUGGAUGGAAUUCAGGAUAAGAUCCCUACCUUCCAAGGGCUGAAGUUCAGUGACACAGAUCUCUUAGACUUCGGGCAAUGUGUUGAUCAGAAUCGCCAGCAACAGUUUGCUUUCCUUUUUGGGGUGGAUGAGCAACUGUUGAGCGCUCUGGUGAUGGGAGCAACUGGAGCAGUAGGCAGUACCUAUAACUACCUGGGAAAAAAGACAAACCAGAUGUUGGAGGCUUUUGAACGGAAGGACUUCUCCUCGGCCCUGAACCAUCAGUUUUGUAUUCAGAGAUUUAUCAACUUUGUGGUCAAACUAGGUUUUGGAGUGUCGCAGACCAAAGCCAUCAUGACUCUUGUCUCUGGGAUUCCCAUGGGCCCACCCCGGCUUCCACUACAGAAAGCCUCCAGGGAGUUUACUGAUAAUGCAGAAGCUAAAUUGAAAAGCCUAGAUUUCCUUUCUUUCACUGAUUUAAAGGAUGGAAACUUGGAAGCUUGUAGCUAGGCCUCUCUGUCAAAUCAGGGUGUGUACAUUGAGAUAUAAUCCACUUUGAAUACUGCAUUCAUUUCUCAAAAACUUUUUAGAUGAGCUUGAACUAACCUUUCCUAGCAAAUGAAAUCUUGCAUCAAUCAACAAGUAUUUAAAUACCUACUAUGAUCUUUUAAAAGUUUUAACUUGUGAAGGGGCAAAAACUCUAAAAGGAGUUAAUGAGCCCUAAGUCAUUCAAUAUUUCAUAGAAUUUUGGUGGAAAAGUUUUUGCAUAAAUGGAUAAUAUGGAAUCAAGAGGAAAAUUGUAAUUGAUUAAUUCUGUCUGCCUUUGGGAGCUCCCAUUAUCUUGAUUUCUGGUUGUUAAUCCUAUUUUAAAGUUUUCUAAUUUUAAACCACCAUAAUGUACUUUCAUUUUAAUAAAUAUUCAUUUGGAAUCUA